AUGGAUCUUCGCAACGACAUCGUCGAGGCGAGGCUCUGCCUGGACCAUCUCAGGAGGCCACCAGGUAAGUUCUUCUCCAGGUAAGUGAAUUUGCCUUGUUUCUCCUUUUGUCUGUUGAAGUUCCGUGUCGUAUGCUGCUCCUGCUGCCUGCCCUCUAUACAUUAGUCUGCCUGUUAAUAGCUAGAUGAAACUCUCGAUGCCUGCUGCGACCGUCUGUCUGUCCGUCUAUGCCUCUCUCUGCUAAUAGCUAGGUAUUAUUGUGCUUGACUUUGAAUGGUGUCCUCUCACUUCUGUCUCUGACUGAUGACUGUGUCUGCUUGUCCACUCUAGUUCUAAGUCCCAUAGCGUUUGGUUGUGUGUAUGCUCUCUCCUACUUCACUCCAUCACAUCACCAUCACCACCAAGGUCCCAGGCUAAUUCGGGUCGUUCUCUCACUAAAAAAAGUCGUGGCCCAUAGUGGAGUCCGGCAGCCGUCUGGGAUAACCGGGCAGCCCUAUUCAGGGAUGCGUUGCCUGCCCUCGCGAGGGGAAGGGGCUAGAAAAGGUGCCCUAAAGAUAGCAGGGAACCACGCUGUCUGUAGGCUGGCCGUGGCCGCAGACAAAAAACACACGAUCGAAACAGCCAAAACCGAAACAACAAAAACAACCAUCUUUCACUUCCUCCUGCCUAUUCUCCUUCUUCCCCUCCUCCUACUUUUCGCCGCCGCAGUCACCAGACUGGCAGAGUGAGUCCGCUCACUCUGGCAGCCCGAAAUGCUCGUUCCCUUUUAGACAGUCCGAGGAGCAACCGACCGGAACGGAGGACGGCGCUAGUGGCACGAGAACUGGCGCGCUACAAGGUGGACAUCGCCGCACUCAGCGAGACCCGAUUCUCCGAACAAGGCCAACUGGAGGAGGUGGGUGCCGGUUACACCUUCUUCUGGAGUGGUCGACCCAGGGCAGAGAGACGUGACGCGGGCGUCGCCUUCGCCAUCCGGAACGACAUCGUGGGACGACUGCCCUGUUUGCCGCAGGGCAUUAACGAUCGCCUGAUGAGCCUCCGCCUGCCUCUCUGGGGAGGCAAAUUCGCCACCAUCAUCAGCGCCUACGCUCCGCCGAAGAGCAGCCCCGACGCCGCCGCCGCAAGAGACAAAUUCUACGAGGACCUGCACGCCCUCUUGGCGACUGUGUCGAAGGUGGACAAGUUGAUUGUCUUUGGCGACUUCAACGCUCGCGUCGGCACAGACCAUACUGCCUGGAGAGAAGUGCUGGGUCCCCACGGUCUCCGCGGCUCAAACGACAAUGGUCUGCUGCUUCUCCGCACCUGCGCAGAACACCGCCUCAUCCUGACGAACACCUUCUUCUGUCUGCCGGAGCGAGAGAAGGCCACCUGGAGGCAUCCUCGGUCGCGCCAGUGGCACCUGCUGGACUACGUCCUCGUCCGGAGGCGAGACCAGCGGGACGUGCUGGUGACGAAGGCGAUCGCGGGUGCUGACGGGUGGACCGACCGUCGCCUCGUCCUCUCGAAGAUGCGUAUUCGCCUACAGCCUCGCAGGAGACCACAAGGUAAGCGACCCCCAGGUAAGCUGAAAGUUGCCUUGUUAUAUUUGCCCGCUCACCAUCUCCAUUUCAGCAAUGAGCUAGCUCCACGGCUACACAGCCUUCCAAUCGCUGUCGCCGCCGACGACGCCGCCGCUGCCGAGAACGUCUCCGUGGAGAACCGCUGGUGUCAACUGCGAGACACGGUCCAGGCGACGGCGCUCGCCGUCCUUGGUCGCACUCCCCGCCAACACCAGGACUGGUUCGUCGACAACGACACCGCCAUCAGAAAUAUGCUUGUUGAGAAGAACCGCCUACACAAAGCCUACGUAGAUCACCCCACUGAUGCCAACAAAGCUGCUUUCUACCGCAGUCGCCGCCACCUUCAGCAACGAAUGCGCGAGAUGCGGGACGCCUGGACUGCUCGCAAAGCUGAGGAGAUCCAAGGCUACGCGGACCGCAACGAAUGGAAGAACUUCUUCUCUGCGAUCAAAGCUGUUUACGGUCCGCGACGAAGGGCACUGCUCCUCUCCUCAGCGCCGACGGCAGUACUUGCCUGA